CUGUGUACCGCAGGACACCGCGUGGUUUCCCUCCCUCGAGCGCAAGUGUGCUGCAGCCCAAAUCAGCCAGACUUGAGUCAUGUAGAACCUGCUAUGAGACAAAUACAGCCUUCAUCGUAAACGUAUUUCUCUUAAGCCGCACUUACUCAAUGCAGUCAUAUCCAGACGCCUCACGGAAAUCAGGCUUCCCGCUGCGAUUGGGCGCGUGCUCGAAGUCGCCUAAGUUCGUCGUCGAACAUUCUCUUCGUGAUGUAUUCGGAGAACAUCGCGCGAAACCCUCGAAGGCUGCUGCGACCCGUCAUGGGCCUCUCAUGUGCCAACCGUGUGACACUGUCCCCCAAUAUGCUCGAUUUAGGCUUAUAAAUUCGUGGAGAACUGCCGCUAGGCUUUGGACGACCUCAACCUACAACCCGUUUUCAUCAUGACUGCCGUUCCCGCCUUCCGUUCCCCCCGAGAACUCGUAAUAUCGGGGGAGCUGUCUAUGCCAGAGCUAUACGAGUGGCAUGCAAGGGAGAAUCCUGAUUACCCACUCUAUCGAUUCCACGACGGAAACGAGGUCAAUACGCUCACCUACGCUCAAGUUAUCAAGGCUAUCCGACGCGCGGCUCGUUAUGUUCAAGCUCGUAUCGCUACGCCGCAGAUCGUCGCCGUGAUUGCGAACAUAGACACAAUCACCUAUAGCAUCAUCCAACUGGGUAUCAUGCGCGCCGGAUACACCAUGUUCCUGAUUUCGCCUCGCAACGUCCCCGCCGCUGUCGCCGACAUGCUGCGUAAAACCGAGUGUCGGCACCUUCUCUUGUCUUCGGAUGCCCUAGUCCAAGAUUUGGCGAAGAAAGCACUGGCGGAGCUCAACGGAGUCACCUUACAUGAUGUGCCGACAUUCGAGCAGCUGUUCCCGGCGGAUGCGUCGGUGGACGGUCUCAGUACGGAGGAUCUGCCGGCGACCCUUGACAUCAAUGGCCUUUGUAUGAUUUUGCACUCUUCUGGUUCUACUAACCACCCUAAGCCUGUCCGGUGGACGCAUAAGAAGAUGAUGUCUUGGUCUAGCUCACCUUGGUACGGUGAAGUAGAUCUUUCCCAAGUCUCGCUGAGCAUUCACGGUACGCCGAUGUUCCAUGCUAUCGGGGUCAUGAUGUAUUGCUUGGCGGCAAAUAACGGUAUGCUACUGGGCGUGUUUCCACCGGCGUCACCACCUACCUUUCCAACGCCGGAGAACGUUUUCGACGGCAUCGUAAAGACAUCGUCAGAAUACAUCAUGACCGCUCCCGCCAUGAUCGAGAUGUGGGCGCGCGAGCCGGCCAAAGUCGAGCAUAUGAAGACCAUGAAGGGUCUCAUAUUCGGCGGUGCCCCGCUGGACCAAGGAGUCGGCGACAUGCUGGCUUCGCAGGGAAUCAAUUUGUACUCGCUCUAUGGCAGCACGGAAAUCGGCGCGAUAGCCAAGUUCUUCACUGCCAACCCCGGAAUGGACUGGGCUUAUUUCCAGCUCAACCCGAUGCAUGACCAGAGGCUGGUUGACGCUGGUGAAGGCCGCUAUGAACUCAUCGUCAUUUCCGAUCCGGAAAUCCCCCUGCCUAUCGUGAACACCAAGUUCGACGGGAAAGAUGCAUACGCAACUAACGACAUACUCGAGCGACACCCGACACGUCCGAACUUUUACAGGUACUAUGGACGGUUGGACGACCAGAUCAUUCUGUCGAAUGGUGAGAAGACAAACCCUGGCCCGUUAGAGAGUAUCAUCAGCGAGGACCCCCAUGUCCAAGGGUGCAUCAUGUUUGGACAGGGCAAGUUCCAGAACGGGCUGCUCAUUGAGCCGACCCCCGAGUAUAGGUUCGAUCCGCAAGACUUAGGCAAACUCGUAGACUUUAGGAAUAAGAUAUGGAAGUCGAUCGAAAGGGCUAACGAGUUCGCCCCUCAACACUCGCGGUUGUUCAAGGAAAUGAUAAUCGUCACGUCUCCUGGGAAACCGUUUUCGUACAACAUCAAGGGUUACCCGCGGAGGACGUGGAUCCUGAAGGACUACCAGGAAGAGAUCGCGGCCCUGUAUAAGGUCGUUGAGGAGAGCGCACAGAGCGACGUCGGAGCGCCUGCUGCGUGGAACAACGACAGUACGCGCACGUUCUUACGGACCGUCGUCGAGAGGGUGCUCAAGAAGUCGAUCCCCGAUGAUGCCGAUUUCUUCAGACACGGCUGCGAUAGUUUACAAGCUACUUGGAUCCGCAAUACCCUCCUGCGCGCAGUGCGCGAGACGUCUCCUACUUCGGCCAAGCUGCUCCCGAUGAGCAUCGUCUACCAAGCGCCUACCAUCUCAGCGUUGACUGAGGCUGUCCUUCAUAUCCUUCACAACAAGGGAGUCGCCCCGACUGCCACCACCGCCCAUGACCUCGUCCUUAUCGCCGAGAAGUACUCGUCAAACCUACCUCCCCGUCCUGCACAGCUCCGGGCUCGUCAAAGCGACAAGGACGUCGUCCUGAUCACGGGCACCACGGGAGGUUUCGGAUGCGACGUCCUUGAGCAUCUGCUGCGUGACGAGCGUGUGGAGAGGGUAUAUGCGUUCAACAGGCCAGGGUCGCAAGCGAUGGAGAGACAAUUGACCCGCUUCAAAGAGAGGGCUCUGGACGAGUCGCUUCUGACCACUCCGAAGUUUAGGAUGAUCGAGGCAGCUUUGGACGUGCCAGGAUUCGGGAUCGAACCUCAGCUACUGGACGAGAUUCGAGACUCAGUCACCCACAUUCUACACAACGCCUGGACCGUCAACUUCAACCUUGCCUUGUCGUCGUUCGAGCCCGAUCUGAAGGCUGUACGGAACCUUGUCGAACUCUCCUUGAGCUCGCCGCACAGCUCUCCGCCCAGAAUCCAGUUCACUAGUUCCAUCGGUGUCUUCGCAUCUUGCAACAUUCCCCCACCUAUACCCGAGGUAUCACUCGAUCCCUCCUCUCCGCUAGGCUCUGGCUACGGUGAAUCCAAGUGGAUUGCGGAACAAGUCCUCUACAACGUCGCACAGCGCGCCGGUGUACCAAUCGUGGUUGUGCGUCUGGGGCAGAUCAGCGGGGACAAGACCGGCCACUGGAACGAGCGCGAGUGGUUCCCCGCCCUCGUCAAGUCAGCUAGUCUCACGUCGCACCUGCCUAACGUCGAAGGGGAAGCGUCGUUCUUCCUCAGCUACCCCGCAGCACGGGCCUUCGUCGAGAUGCGCUCCUCGCCCGAGCCGAUCUUGCACCUCGUCCAUCCUCGACCCAUACCCUGGAGGUCCCUCAUCACGCCUAUUGCGCAAGAGCUUCAAGCGACCCUCGUGCCAUACGUGGAGUGGCUCGCUGCGCUCGAGGCGGCCGCCGAGCGCAACGCUGAAGCGGCGCGAGAGCACCCUGCGUUGCGUCUGCUGGAUUUCUUCCGCUCUUCUGCAUCAGCGAAUACGAAGACACCACUUGGGCUCUAUCAGCUGGAUACGAAGAAGGCGGUGGGCGCGUCGGAGACGCUUGCGAGCAUGCCGGAGCUUGGGGAGGCGGAUAUUAAGCGGUGGAUUGCAGCGUGGCGUGCUUCAGGAUUUUUGCCUGCAUCUGCUUAAGAUUGCUAGACCUUCGAGGUGUGAAUACGUCGUCGUGACCGCGCAAUGUAGUAGAAACCUGAAUGACGAGCAUCAUUGUGUCAAUCACUAUACAUGCCAGACUCUUCGCUAUCUGCAAAGCUCCCGACGCUCCCGCUCAUGUCCGUGAACUCCGUGUCCAAGCCCGAGUCGAAGCUCAUCGUGCCGCUCAUCGCGUCGUCGUCAUCGUCAUCUACCCCACUCUCGUACUCCGGCCCUUCUGCCUCUGCCUCGAGUCUAUCCGCCGCGAAUACUGCUUCCGUGCAGCGGGGACACUCCCAGAGCAUGCCAUUGGGGCCGACACCCGACCGCUCGUCUGCAGUGCGCAUCAUGCGCUCUGUCAAGCAGUAGUAGCAGUAGACAUGCCCGCACGACGUCACGUAGGCCGAAUGAAUCGGGAACUGUGGAACGUAGUCGGGA